CUGAACAGUUAAAGCUGUGUUGGCCGUCAUUGCUUCUCCUCCCACUCAGUUAAAGCCAUAUAAACAUUUGUCCACAGUAGGAAGACUUUUCUCUUGCCCAAAAAACAGCAGAGAUGGCGCACACAGACAACCGAAGCUCAACUUUCCCUGACAUCGUGGAGCUGAACGUGGGCGGCCAGGUGUAUGUGACCCGGCUAGAAACUCUCACAGCGGUGCCGGACUCUCUCCUGUGGGCCAAGUUCAGCCAAAGUUCCCCCGAAGACCUGCCCAAAGACAGCAAGGGCCGCUUCUUUUUCGACCGCGACGGCUUUCUGUUCCGCUACAUUCUGGACUUCUUGCGGGACUCGGAGCUUUUUCUGCCGGAGUUCUUCAAAGAAAGGAGGAGGCUGCAGAAGGAGGCUGAUUUCUUCCAGCUGCCUGAGCUGUCGAGGCGCCUCAGCAACGACAGCUCCUACACGGAGGACAGUGGGGAUCCGGAGGAGGCUGAGCUCCCCAGCCCGGCCACUACGCCCUCCUCCUCGGACAGAAUCCUGCGCUCGCCCGGGUCCAGUUCCGGGUACAUCACGGUGGGCUACAGGGGCAGCUACACCAUCGGCAGAGACAUCCAAGCGGACGCUAAAUUCCGCAGAGUGGCCAGGAUCACCGUGUGCAGCAAGAUCUCUCUUGCCAAAGAAGUCUUUGGGGACACUCUGAACGAGAGCCGAGACCCGGACCGACCUCCGGACAAGUACACGUCCAGGUACUACCUCAAGUACAACUUCCUGGAGCAGGCGUUCGACCGGCUGGCCGAAGCUGGCUUUCACAUGGUGGCCUGCAACUCCACGGGGACGUGCUCGUAUGCCAGCAGUGACCCAGGAGAGGACAAGAUGUGGACCAGCUACACCGAGUAUGUUUUCAGCCGGUGACUUUGCAUGUUUACACCCAAAGUGGCAGUUUGCAAUUUCAGCCUGCAACUAAAAGCUGAGGGUUUGCUUCUAAUUCAUGCAUUGCACGGCAUGGUUGGAUCCAGACUGCCAUAACUGAUUUGUAAAUCUAUAAAUGACCCUGAGGUCUAUUUGGAGGAGGAUCUAUUGGCUCCACAAAUGACUCAAAUUGGUCAUGCCAUGUAAAUAAUACGAUACUGCAGUUUAACGUUUACAUGCAACAUCUAAUGUACUUCAAUAGGCUUCAAUUGUUAUUAGUUAAGGCUGUAUUUUUGGUUGAUAAGUGUGUUAUGGUUUUUACAGGGGUGUCGACUGAGGGCUGCAUACUGAAAAAUCAAAAAAUGCGGGAUCCACCAUGAUAUUUGUAUAUACAAUUUUUAAUUUUGGAAAAAUGCUACACGUUGUAUACAUAUGUAAAUAUGAAGCUUUGUGUUAUUAGUAUUAACAUUUCAGGCUUUUCUCUUUACAUUGUGCAUUUUCACAGUUUUGUCCCCCCAUUUUUGCUGUUUUUGUUUAAUUUCAUUUCUACAGUGUGCCCCAGGCCAAAAAAAAACAAAAAAAAACUCAGGCAACAAAAUGGUUCCGGAACACACUUUGGACACCCCUGGUUUAUUUGUUUUGGACAUGUUUAACAGGUUACAUGAAGGAACAUCACAUGGUUACGUUUGCACAAUUCAACAUGUCCGACAAAGGAGUAGGAGGAAGCAGGGCUUAUUUAAUACGACCCCUUCUCCAUGUCUAUUACUGAUAAUUCAUUCACGCAAUAUGUUUAACGUGUUGACACUUACAGAAAUGCAUGUUUAUAUUUUGUCAUUAAAAAGUUUGUUCAC